AUGCCACCAAAAAAGAAAGGAGCUCAAGAAAAACCAAUUUUAUUAGGUAGACCAGGUAAUAAUUUAAAAUCUGGUAUUGUUGGAUUAGCCAAUGUUGGUAAAUCAACUUUUUUCCAAGCAAUUACAAGAUGUCCUUUAGGUAAUCCAGCAAAUUAUCCAUUUGCAACUAUUGAACCAGAAGAAGCAAGAGUUAUUGUACCUAGUGAAAGAUUUGAUAAAUUAUGUGAAUUAUACAAACCAAAAAGUGAAGUUCCUGCAUUUUUAACCGUUUAUGAUAUUGCAGGUUUAACUAAAGGUGCUCAUGCUGGUGAAGGAUUAGGUAAUAAUUUCUUAGCAAACAUUAGAGCAGUUGAUGCAAUUUUCCAAAUGACAAGAGCUUUUGAAGAUUCUGAUAUUAUUCAUAUAAAUGAUGAAGUUAAUCCAACUGCUGAUUUAGAAAUUGUUAAAGAUGAAUUAAGAUUGAAAGAUAUUGAAUUUGCAACUAAAUAUUUAGAAGGUAUUGAAAAAAUCACUAAAAGAGGUGGUCAAUCAUUAGAAGUUAAACAAAAAAAGGAAGAAGCUGAAUUAGUUAAAAAAAUUAUUCAAUUAUUAGAAGAUGGUAAAAGAAUUUAUAAUCAAACUUGGACUUCAAAAGAAGUUGAUGCUAUAAAUCAAAUGCUUUUAUUAACUGCAAAACCAGUUAUUUAUUUAAUCAAUUUAUCAGAAAAAGAUUAUAUCAGAAAGAAAAAUAAACAUUUAUUAAAAAUUAAAGAAUGGGUUGAUGCAAAUUCACCUGGUGAUUUAAUUGUACCAGUAUCAGUAUCAUUAGAAGAAAAAUUAGCAGGUAUGGGAUCAGAUGAAGAAAGAGAAGCUUAUUGUAAAGAAAUUGGUGCUCAAUCAGCAUUACCAAAAAUUAUUGUUGCAAUGAGACAAAAAUUAGAUUUAAUAUCAUUUUUUACAGGAGGACCAGAUGAAGUUAGAGAAUGGACUAUUAGAAAGUGGUAUACUGCUCCACAAGCUGCUGGUACUAUUCAUACUGAUUUAGAAAGAACUUUUAUUUUGGCACAAGUUAUAAAAUAUGAAGAUUUAAUUGAAUAUGGUGAUGAAGCAAGUGUUAAAGCUGCUGGUAAAUUAUUAUCAAAGGGUAAAGAUUAUUAUGUUGAAGAUGGUGAUGUGAUAUAUGUUAAAGCAGCUGAAGGUAAAGCUCGUUAA